GCUUAGUUGAUUUCUUCUACCCAGCUUAGUGCGGGACCACGAUACUUGGUUAAGUUCCCAAGGUAAGAUAUCUGCCGACCACAGCAGCUACAGUUCGAUAUUCUCAGCUACAACAACUGCUAACGUUCAACUUCUACCCAAGCGCAAAUCGCUAGCCUUGCCUGUCGCCGAUUAAACACUUCCUAAGGCCGAGGCAGACCAAACACUUAAGGAGAUCUCAACGUUUUAAGCUGCGCCGUGAAAACCCGCCAACGAUGGACCCAGUAAUUAGAUCAAUGUCGCGGCUCGCCAUUCCCGCUAUCUUUGGUGCAGCCGUUAUACAGUCAAGCAUCUACGAUGUCCGGGGUGGAACUAGAGCUGUCAUUUUCGAUCGACUGCAGGGUGUAAAGGAGGGUGUAGUCAACGAGGGCACACAUUUCUUGAUACCAUGGUUGCAACGUAGCAUCCUCUUCGACGUCCGGACGAAGCCCAGGAACAUCGCCACUACGACUGGUAGCAAGGAUCUGCAAAUGGUCAGCUUGACGCUGAGAGUCUUGCACAGGCCAGAGGUCAAGGCCUUGCCUAAGAUCUAUCAGAGCCUUGGUACCGAUUAUGACGAGCGUGUACUCCCCUCCAUCGGCAACGAAGUCCUCAAGUCAAUCGUUGCGCAAUUCGAUGCCGCAGAGUUAAUUACUCAACGAGAGGCAGUAUCACAGCGCAUCCAGACAGAUCUGAAGAAGCGUGCUGCGGAAUUCAAUAUCGCUUUAGAGGAUGUGUCCAUCACCCACAUGACUUUCGGCAAGGAAUUCACCAAGGCUGUUGAACAGAAGCAGAUUGCACAGCAGGACGCCGAGCGUGCCCGCUUCAUUGUUGAGAAGGCUGAGCAGGAACGCCAAGCUAACGUUAUUCGUGCGGAAGGUGAGGCCGAAUCGGCCGACACCAUCUCCCGUGCCAUCGCUCGCCAUGGUGAUGGCCUCAUUCAGAUCCGGAAAAUUGAAGCCUCUCGCGAGAUUGCACAGACCCUUGCCACAAAUCCUAAUGUCUCCUAUCUCCCUAGUGGCAGCAAGCAGGGAGGUAGUGGAAGCAACUUCUUGCUUUCCGUCGGAAGAGCGUAGGCUUGAAGCAAACCGUAAAAAUAAUGGUGUUACGUGUUCAGGGAUAGGUGCGAGAACGCAAGCAUUACACCCCGAGAGGCAGAGCCUCUUAUGUAUAUUAAUAAGGUACUACCCGAUUCUCCACUCGGGAUCACGAUUAAUAUGUGUUACUAUCGCGCAAAGACCAUUAUAUCAAUCCUUUGUG